AUGACCUCAAUUAAACGAAUGAAGGGAAUCUCGAUUUCGAGACCCAUUAUAUAUGGUAAUUCAGCAACACCAUUACAUGGGAAGAAGGUCGGGGACUCUGACCAUACACAUCGCUGGACUAUUUCUGUAAGGGGCGUCAAUAAUGAAGACAUUUCAUAUUUCGUUCGCAAAGUCGCCUUCAAGUUACACGACACAUAUGAAAAUCCUAACAGAGUGGUCGAAAAACCACCAUUCGAGAUUUCAGAGACUGGAUGGGGUGAAUUUGACAUUAUUAUCAAAAUACACUUCAACCCAAUAAGCGGAGAGAAGCCCCUUACACUUUAUCAUCAUUUAAAGUUACAUCCAUACGAAGAGGACAGCCUAGGCAACCCUUGGCCAAAGCAGAAACCGGUGACUAGUUAUUCCUAUGAUGAAGUUGUUUUCAAUGAGCCAAUUGACACUUUCUAUACAUUGUUGCAAGAAAAUCAGACUUCCAACAUUCCACUCAAAAAGACACCGCAUCAUCAAUUUAGUCUCCAAGCCGAGCAAGAGGAGCUUGAGCGGAUUGAUAAAGCGUUACAAACUACAGCACAAGAAAUCGCAAAGCAUCGGGAGCGAUGUAGACGGCUUGAGGCAGAGCUCUCGGUAAAAUAA